GACUGACUCUUGCUUGCUACUGACACCCGCCCGUUGCAACAAGCAUGGCAGCUCAAGGCAGCAGCGCCUCAACAGGUGACUACCGCCUCCCGACCAGCGUCUACCCUGCCCACUACGACCUCGCCAUCCAGACCGACCUCGCGGCAUCGCCCCCAUCCUUUGCGGGAGCAGCGCGCAUCGGUCUCGACAUCCUCGAGGACACGAGCAGCGUCGUCUUCCACCUUCACCCUUCUCUCACCGUCACCCACCUUGCCUUUGGGCAGGCCGGUACCGAAACCAAGCUCCCCUUGAGCGCCAUCUCGGUCAACGCGGAAAAUGAGCGCGCGACGAUCGACCUCUCCUCCCUUGGCGGCGCCGAGGCCGGGUCCAAGGCCAGCCUCUUCAUCAGAUGGGAGGGCAAGCUCGGUAGCAUGAUGGGAUACUACCGUUCUGAUGGCGACCCAGACGAGCACGGCAAGAGGCCAUUGUAUGCCCUCACCCAGUUCGCCCCAACUUCCGCUCGCCGCGCUUUCCCCUGUUGGGACGAGCCACUCCUCAAGUCGACUUUUACCAUCUCUAUGAUCGCCCGGCCCAAGGAGACGGUGCUGUCAAACAUGAACGCCACGUCGACCGGACCAUGGACGUCGGCGGACCUCGGCGCGGCGCUGGAGCCUGGCCCCGACUCCAGCUCUACUGUCGACGCCAACGCCGACGCCUGGGCCAUCACCAAGUUUGACACCACGCCCAAGAUCUCAACCUACCUCGUCGCCUAUGCCUGCGGCGAGUUUGGCCACCUGUCCACCGAGUACCACUCCAAGCUUACUGGCAAGACCAUCCCGCUCAAGAUCUACGUCACGCGCAACCAGCUCGACCAGGCGCAGUUUGGCCUCGACGUCGCCAAGUGGGCGCUCCCGGUCUACGAGGAGCUGUUCGAGAUUGCCUACCCCUUGCCCAAACUCGACACGCUCGUGGCCCACGACUUUGAGUACGGCGCCAUGGAGAACUGGGGCCUCAUUACCGGCCGCACCACGGCCUACCUCUGCAGCGAGCGCUCCUCCCUCGAGGCCAUCAAGCGGAUCGGGUCCACGCAGUGCCACGAGGUCGCCCACAUGUGGUUUGGCAACAUUGUCACCAUGCAGUGGUGGGACAACCUCUGGUUGAACGAAGCCUUUGCCACCCUCAUGGGAUCGAUUGUCCUUCCCGAGCGCAUAUGGCCAGAAUGGAAGAUGACCUCGCAGUUCAUCAACGACCACUGGGCAAGGGCGCUGUCACUUGACGCUCGCCGCUCGUCGCACCCCAUCGAGGUCGACUGCAGCGACCCAAACCAAAUUGGCGAGAUCUUUGACGCCAUCUCCUACUCCAAGGGCGCGUCUGUCCUCCGCAUGCUCAAGGGUGUUGUCGGCGACGACAAGUUCUUCAAGGGUGUGUCGCUGUACCUCAACAAGCACCUGUACGGUAAUGCAACGACCAGCGACCUUUGGGCCGGCAUCGGCCAAGCCGUGGGCAAGGACAUUGGCGAGCUCAUGAACAAUUGGAUCCUCAAGAUUGGCUUCCCAGUCGUCUCGGUCGAGGAGCUGGGGAAUGGGCAGGUCAGGCUCACCCAACACCGGUUCCUGAUCACCGGCGAUGUCAAGCCCGAAGAGGACGAGACGGUCUGGUGGAUCCCACUCGAGAUCAAGACUGUGGAGAACGGCAAGGCGUUGGUCGACCACGAUGCGGUGCUCAAAGCCCGCACAGCGACCUUCGACGUCGCGUCGGACGUGUUCAAACUCAACGCCGAGACGGUGGGAGUCUACCGCGUCAUGUACUCGGGCGAGCGUCUGGCCAAGCUCGGCCAGCACGCCCAGCAGUUUUCGGUCGACGACCGCGUCGGGCUCGUGUCUGAUGCUGCCGCGCUCACUGCUGCAGGAUAUUCAAGGACCUCUGGCGCUCUCGACUUGGUCACGGCCCUCGCGCCAGCCGAGUCAGAGUACCUCCCCUUGUCCGGCAUCGCAGGCUUCCUCUCUGGCCUGGCGGCCAUCUGGUGGGAAGACGACGCCGUCCGCGCCGCUGUUGACAAGCUGCGGGUCGAGGUGUUCCGACCAGUUGUCGACCGCCUAGGCUACGACCAUGGCGAGAACGACGAGCCCACGCUCAAGCAGCUGCGCACUCUUGCUGUCAGCGCUGCCGCUUCGGGUGGCGACAAGGAUGUCGUGGCCGAGCUCAAGGCGCGGUUCCAGCCCUUCCUCAAACACGGCGACGACUCGCGCAUCCCGCCUGAUCUCCAGGGCACUGUGUUCCGACACGCCGUCAGCCAUGGAGGCCAGGCCGAGUACGACAAGCUCGUCGCAGUGUACAACAACCCGCCAAACCCGUCGACCAAGCUCGACGCAUUGUCGGGGAUUGCCUCGGCCAAGGAGCCGGCGCUUCUCGACAGGUCGUUUGAGAUGCUCGCCGAUACGCAAGCGGUCAAGGACCAGGAUGCAUCGUUCCUGUCCGAACUGGCAGCCAACCGCGUCGCCCGUCGCCGCACCGUCAAGUACUUUGAGGACAACUGGGAUGCGGUGCGUAAUGGCUUGUUGUGUCGAUGGCUGACUUGUGGCCAGCUCAACGCACGCUUCAGUAGCAGCAUGGGUCUCAAGGGGGCCAUCGCUGGAGUUCUCGGCACGCUCUCAAGCAAGGCCGACCUCGACGACGCUACCACGUUUAUCGAGGGCAAGGGUGCGUACCGCAUACGACGUUGCGCUAACCCUACAGACGUUCGCAAGUACAAGAACAGCUUUGCACAGGCGCUCGAAGGCAUCGAGGCGCGCUCCAACUGGCUUGUGCGUGAUGCCGAGGACACCAAGGCGUGGUUCAAGAAGCACGGCAGUUUGUAG